UUUGCGGCGGCGACGACAUGGCGACGGGGUCUCUGGGGACGAUGUCGGGGCCCACGACGCCCUCGGGGCAGACUCUGUCAGGCAGCACGCCGGACUCGGAGAGAAAUGCUGAGCUACCGGAGCAUAGAAAGAUUCUGUCUCCAGAUUUUCUCUCAAAUGCUCAAAUCAUGGACUUGCUGGCAGAGGACGUGAAUGGGGUUCAGGAAAAACUGGGCAUAUUUUUGGAUUUCAAAAAUCUUAACACUUGUUUAAAGGAUGCCAUCCUGUUAGAUUAUUAUGCAUCUGGAUUUUUGUGGGCAAAAGAAAUGAACUUUUCUCUCCUUCAGUCUUCGAAGUUUAUGACUUUACUUGAUAUGUUACUUCAUAAUCUUAGGAACCUCCAUAUGUCCUUGGAAGAUAGCAUCAAAUGGCUUGGGGAAGUUAUGGCUGAAAUCGGACCAAACCAUGCACAAAAGAAGAAGGACUGGCCUAUCUUUGAUGUGAAACAAGCCAAUGCAAUCAUUGAUUACUUAAAAAUAAGCUUAUUUCAACACUACAGAUUGUACGACUUCAUGUUCCACUCCUCGAGGACAGAGGUUGUGAUAGGCACAGAGCAAGUGGUUGAGGUCAUCAAGUCUGCUGAGUCUCCUUUCCCAUCUCCUCUGGAAGAAGGAAUUUCAUUGGAUAUAUUUUCGACAUUUAUAGAGCCAGUGGCAACCUCGGAUACUGAAAUGGGGGGUCUGGAGCAAGAACAAGGCCCUUGCGAAUCCCAACCAGAAGCCGACACCCCGGACCUGGACCCUUUGGCUGGCUUCACCAUUGAAGACGUGAGAUCAGUGCUGGCCCGAGUCACAGAUGACGUCCUCACAGGCCUUCAGACUGAGAUAAACGAAAAGCUGCAAAUACAGGAAGACUCCUUCAAUGCGCGGAUAGAAAAACUGAAAAAGGCCUGAGGACCUGGAGCCAGGAGAGCAAAGCUGAGCUUCACAGACACAAACAGAACACAUCGAAUAAUAGACUCUCCAGAGGUUUGUGCCUCCUCCAUUUACCCGACCCCACUUCCAUAACCCCACUAAUUAGAAAAGCAUUAUCCCCGGCUUCGACUCUCCUGUCCUGUAAAAGUCUCUGAAUUUGUUGCACCAAGUUUA